CAGGCUAUGCGCGCAGGCAUCAUAUUUAAAGAAGCAGCACAGCCCAAUGAGCACAGCAGACAGUCAGUUGACUCAUCAAGAUAAAUAAGAGACUCGACAAAAAAAGUAGUUAACAACACUCAACAAUGUCAACAGCUGGUCAGGUCAUCCGAUGCAAAGCAGCUGUUGCAUGGGAGCCCAGGAAGCCUCUGUCCAUUGAGGAUGUGGAGGUGGCCCCACCUAAAGUCCACGAAGUCCGCAUCAAGAUAGUUGCCACCGGUGUGUGCCACACAGACCGGGAGUACCUGUAUGAAGCUGCAAAAGGGAUGAAGUUCAGACCAUUCCCGUUAGUUCUCGGCCAUGAAGCAGCAGGCAUAGUGGAGAGCGUUGGUCCUGAAGUCACCAAAUUCUCACCAGGCGACAAAGUUAUUCCUCUUUUUCUGCCACAGUGUGGGGAAUGUAAACGGUGCCACAGUCCCAAAACCAAUCAGUGCAGGAAGAACUGGACAAAUACACAAGUGGGCGUAUUGGCUGAUGGCACAAGCAGGAUAUCCUGCAAGGGGCAGCAGGUGUACCAGUUCCUUGGCGUCAGUUCUUUCUCCCAGUACACUGUGGUUCCCGAUACCUCACUUGCAAAGAUAAGAAGCGAUGCACCGCUAGACAAAGUGUGUCUGCUAGGCUGUGGUGUCUCCACUGGUUAUGGUGCUGUUCUCAAUACAGGCAAGGUGGAAAAAGAUUCCUCGUGUGCCGUGUUUGGGCUCGGAGCUGUCGGACUGGCAGCCGUCAUGGGCUGCAAGGUUGCCGGGGCAACCAGGAUCAUUGGUGUGGAUAUCAACACUGCAAAGUUUGAGAAAGCCAAGGAGUUUGGUGCCACUGAAUGUGUCGACCCCACAAAAUUUAGCAAGUCCAUUCAGGAGGUUCUGGUGGAGAUGACAGACGGAGGAGUGGACUACGCUCUGGAGUGUGUUGGAAGUCCAGGUGUUAUGAGUGCUGCACUUGAGUCUACGAUGGAUGCCUGGGGCACCUGUGUCAUUGUUGGGUGGACGGAGACGGAAGCAAUGAGCGUCAUGGUUGAAAAGAUCCUGAUGGGACGCACCUUGAAGGGGACUUAUUUUGGAGGUUGGAAGAGUGUGGAGGAUGUGCCUAAACUGGUGGACGACUACAUGAACAAAAAGCUGAAGCUGGAUGAGUUUAUCACCAACAACCUCCCGCUGGAUCAAAUCAAUGUGGCCUUUAACGAUAUGAAAAGUGGUAAAGGCAUCCGUACCGUCAUCCGUCUGUAUCCAGAGUAGGGCUACUCAUAUAAGAUGAAGAAUUUACAUGUUAAGUCAUUGUAAUGACGUUUUGCACACAACUCUGCAGUGUAUUUGUGAACAUCUCAAUGCUCUCUUUCUAAAAAGAUGUUGACAAUUUAAAUGUUUUCCUUGCUUGCCAACUGUCCAUAUUGGCCACUAGAUGGCAGUCUUAUAUCAGUCUUAAGCUUCUGCAUUUGUGUCCAUUUAGCCUAUUUACAACCUAUUUAGCUUUAUAAAGUUGCUUAUAUCUGUAAAGGAUUCUGUAUUUUAUUUAUAUUAACUUCUGAGGUCGUUUGUUCUUGUUUAUCACACACUUGAUCAAAAGGGAGAAACACCACAGAAUGUCCAGUGCAUUUGUGUGAAAUAAUACUGAAUGAAGUUCAAAAGAAAUAAACAGCAUCCACAGUAACACCUAAGACCUAGUCUCUCUCUACAUCUGUCAUAUUUGGCAGCUAUACAGGGAUUCUGGUCCUGAUAUCAAUGUGAAAUGAUAGUUGAAAUUACAUACCCUUGUAUAGAAGAUGGGGUAAAAGACAGAGGAAACAAAUGGCUGAAUCUGUCAUUAUCUAUGGACAAGUAUCUGCUUCAUGUGGUCAGGCUUACCAAAUUUCGUCCUUGGUAAUAUUAUAUAUUGAUUUAAUGGUUAGACGGGCUAAAAUAACAGUUGUGGGCUGUCAGUACAGAAGACAAAAGGUUGUUUGGGGAAUGCCUCUCGGAGAAGAACCGAAAUAGCUGUCGGAGGAAUUUGUUUUAUUGAAGUUCCGUUCAGAUCAAAUGAAUACCCUUGGCAGUUCCCCCUACUUUUCCAUCUUUAUUUAAAAUGGAAAAUAAAUUGGUGCUCGUCUGCUUA